AGCACCUCCAGAUGACGGUGCAGGCCCUGCAGGAUGAGUUGAGGACCCAGAGAGAUCUGAAUCAGUUGUUCCAGCAGGACUGUAGUGGAGGGAGUCCGGGAGAACCUCUGUCAUUUGAACCCACUGAGGAGAACUUCCACAGGCUCCAAGCUGAACACCAGCGACAGGCCAAGGAGUUGUUCCUCCUGAGGAAGACGCUGGAGGAGAUGGAGUUGAGGAUCGACAGUCAGAAACAGACCCUGGGGGCCAGAGACCAGUCUAUCAAGAAACUACUGGAGAUGCUACAGAGCAAAGGUCUGUCAGCCAAGGCCUCAGAAGAGGACCAUGAGAGGACCAGGAGACUGGCUGAGGCUGAGAUGCACAUCCAUCACCUAGACAGUCUACUGGAACAGAAAGACAAGGAGACCACUGCCCUACGAGAGGAGCUGCACCGGCGGAGCUAUGAAGGAGCCCCUGAAUCAGCCAAGACCAAGGCCCUGCAGACCGUCAUCGAGAUGAAGGUGAGAGAGAGAGAGUGAGAGAGAGAGA